UGGUGUUUGUUGUGGGAAAUUUCCGCCGUGGUGCUGAACUGUGGAUUCAGGCUACAUUGAACGGCAGAAGGACGGCUGAAACUCCUACACUGUCCCACCUCCAAGCAUGCAGUCGCGGCAACUUUCGAGCAGUCAGAUAAGGCAGAAGAAGUGACGGGUCGGACUGAGGAAGGUCGAGUUGGAGAUACUCUCGGACAGCCAGGCACAGCCACAGCAGAGCCGCCGACAGCACGGAGUUGUCGCGAUGCUGUAGCUAAACCAUGGACAGCAGAAUAAAGGAGAAUCCAGAGAGAACAUUUGAUCUGGUUGUACAGGUGGCAUGUCCAACAUCCGAAAAUGAAGAUCCAACCGUGCUGUGGAGCUUCCCCCAGGACCACACCGACCAGGAGGUCCUUCAGACGAUACCAAAGUUCUGCUUUCCCUUUGACGUGGAAAGGGUUUCCCAGAAUCAGGUGGGGCAGAACUUUACCUUUGUGCUGACGGACAUCGAUGGCAAACAGAGGUUUGGUUUCUGUCGACUCACUCAAGGCUGCCGGGUCUGCAUAUGUCUGCUCAGCUAUGUACCAUGGUUUGAAAUCUACUACAAGUUGCUGAAUACUCUGGCGGACUACCUAACAAAACAGCAGGAAAAUGACUUGAAUGACAUGCUGAAUUCUCUCCAUGAUCUGCCAGUGCCAAAGCCCUUCACGCCAGUCAACCUGAGUGUGAAUGAGCAGUUGUAUAUUGCCACUGGGCAAGUACUGAGAGAUCGGCGAAGCAGGGAGCCGCACUCCUACUUCAUCGCCCCGGAUAUCAAUGGACUGCCAACUAUCCCUGAGAGCAGGAACCUGACAGAGUACUUUGUGGCUGUGGACGUCAACAACAUGCUCCAGCUCUACGCCAGUAUGCUGCAUGAACGGCGCAUCAUCAUUACCUCAAGCAAGCUUAGCACUUUAACUGCAUGUGUCCACGGUGCGGCUGCUCUGCUCUUUCCAAUGUACUGGCAGCACAUCUUCAUCCCUGUUCUGCCCCCGCAUCUUCUGGACUACUGCUGUGCCCCCAUGCCAUAUUUUGUGGGAGUUCAUCUCAGUCUGCUGGAGAAAGUACGCAGCCGAUCACUGGAGGAUGUGGUCAUUCUGAAUGUGGACACUAACACCCUGGAGAGUCCCUUUGAUGACCUGCACAACCUGCCCAGUGACGUGGUGUCCUCUCUGAAGAGCAAACUGAAGAAGCAGUCGACAGCAACAGGAAGUGGUGUGGCAAGGUCCUUCCUGAGAUCGCAGGCCGCUCUGUUUGGAUCCUACCGAGACGCCCUCAGAUAUAAGCCUGGGGAGCCCAUCACUUUCUGUGAGGAGAGCUUUGCAAACCAUCGAUCCAGCACCAUGAAAAGCUUCCUGUCCAUGGCGGUCAACCUGCAGCUCUUCAAACAGUUCAUCGACGGACGGCUGGCCAAAUUGAACGCAGGCCGCGGCUUCUCGGACGUGUUUGAAGAAGAGAUCACAGAGGGGGGCUUCUGUGGAAGUAAUUCAAGGUCCUACCAGCAAUGGAUGCACACUGUGAAGAGAGGAGGAGCACUCAUCAACACAGCUGUGACUAAAGCCAAGAGUCAUGCCAAGAGGGGCAUCCGGGACAUUAAGGGCAGACUUAAAGCGAGGGAAGAAGAGGAAGAGGGGGUGAUGGUCUGUGCGGGGUCUCCCACCAGCACCAAGAGCCUGUCUCCAAGGAGACUGCAGAAGAUGAGACGGCAAAACUUCAACAAGUAUCACGUGAGCAUGGGUAUGGGCCCUCGAGAUCUUGGCUAUGGGCUCGAGGAUGAUGAGCUGGACAGCGCGAGCAAGAUUUCCUCAGAGGACAGCGGGGACGUCCCUUCAUAUAUUGAGGAUAGCGACGACUCCUAUUCGCUAGAACUGGACAUGGACUCGUCCCGCUCCGGCCAGAUGAACCUGCUGGAGGAAAUCUUGGACUCUCUCCACACCACAACAGGAGAGCAAGGCAAACUCAGCGCUGCCAAGAGCCUGGACUUCUUCAGGUCCAUGGACGAGUUAGACUAUAAGACCCUGAGCAAGCCCACUCCUUCCAGUGAUUCGACUCCUGCAGAGGACAGUGACUGUAGUGGAGGGGGGGAUCAGAGCGGCUGGAAUAUGGGCCAGGAUGACAGCGCGGUCCACGGAAAACACCUUCCCCCGUCCCCACGUAGACAGCCCAACAAGAGCAGCCUGAAGGUGGCAAAGAAACUCACCGUGCCCACCAUCACGGCUACAUUCCCGGUCCAGGAGGCAGACAGCUGCCGCCCACAUCCUCUCAACUCUGACCCCCACCCUCCACCUCCAGUGCGACAACCAGGAGACCGCUACUCCUACUCGCCCUCCAUGUCCCAUAGAGUUACACCAAUGUCCCCAUCUCCCUCUCUCACACACACCUACAGUUCUCCAGCACCCGGUUCAAACCCAAACUCUUCUCCUGUACUAGCAGCUCGGUCUCGGACGGUCUCAGAGCCCCAAGGCAACACGGAGCCUCUGCAGGUGCAGAACCAGACCGCAUCCACCAGCAUCCUGAGGAGGAAGGUGAUGUCCAAGGAGACGGUGAGGCACUUCCAGGAAAAGGCCCUCCAGAGGAAGGGCAGCAAGGGCCGACAGGAUGGCAGCCCAUCAAGGCACAGCCACGCUGCUAUGCAGAUCCCUUGGGAGAAAGAGGUUUCCAAGGAGGGGCUCCUGGGGUUCGGCAUGUGCCUGGGUCAGGGUAAAAGCUCGGGGGCGGCUGUCGUGCAGGAUCAAGGCCUCCUCGAGGAGAUUGACUCCAUGUGUUGCCUGAGCUCAGUCCUCCACAGCAGCCUGCAGCUGUCCCAGGUUCACUGCAACAACAGUCCCCACCCGGUGCAGAGCAACGCCACGGACGAGGCGUAGGGACGUCAAAGACCCUCUGUCUGUGAAACGCCAUAAGUUCUACUGAAAUCUAUCCACUGUAAUUCUCCAACAAAACUACCCACAGUCUCAGACCUUUUUUAUCUUAACACUCAGUGAUCAGGAAACAUUUUGAACAAAUAUGAUGUCGUACAAACAGCCUCAGAGCAGGAAACAAGAAAUGAUUUGCACACAGUCAGAAUUUCUCCAAACAAGUGAGUUAUCUUGUGAACUACGAACACCUCACUUCAAAAACACAAAACGAGGCCAAGGUAUUGAGAUAGUUUUGUGUUUUUGAGUGCGGCGAGAUUUCUUCACUUGUUUAAAGAAAAUACACCUCAUUAACUCAUUUACAAAUUAACAAAUCAUCUAAAUCUAGAUAAGAAGGACAUUUCUGCAGUGCUUUGACUGCUCAUCGCAGGAUGUCUUCCUGUUAUCAUCUACAUUUAAAGUCAAAUUCCAGAAAAAAGGCCCAACAAUCCAACCGGCAAUGGAGGAAUUUUCCAGCUUCACUUGAAUGAAAUAACAUAACGCUCAGUACUUUGUGAGGAUCAAGAAGGGAUGAUAUCUCCUCGUCAUAUCAUUGUCUGAUUUAUUUUUUGUUCCAAACAUUUCAAGAUACAUUUGCACUUGUAGAUUUAAGAAUUGUACUCAGCCUUGACCACCUGGUACUAAAAUCAUGGAGCAACACGACAGUGAGACAGGAUUUUAAACCCACAAAGUCCAAUCGACUUUUGGAAUUAAUUAAACACUGUGUCAUGUAACUGUUUUAUAUCACCAUGCCUUAAAUGGACAUGUGAUUUGUUUUUGAUACUCUGGUGUCUUAAUCUAUACAGGUACUUUGUAAUCUUGGAUCUUCAAUGCAACGUUACAGUAGCAGUACUAAAACAGAAUUGUAUUUCUCUGGAUUAAUAGAAUAGUUAAUAUAUUAUAUAAUGUACUUUAAGCUGCUGUUUUCAAAUAGCAUUCCAGAUAGUGAGAUGUGCAUGUAGAGACCUCUCGGUGUCUCUCCUCUUCCUGUGUUCCUCAGGACACAUCUGUCACUCUGUCAGAGGAGGAAAUGCACUCAAAAGUUAAUGAGGAUGAUCUGACAAUACCAGUGUCAACGCUCAACGUCCUUUUUCUUUCUCUUUCUUCACCAUCAUGCUCCUAAGUUUCUGCCUUGUAGUCCUUUCAGCACAUCAUGACUUUCACUGUCGACCUUAAAAAUGGCGGCUAGUUUUUUCAAAGCUACUAUGGUUUGGAGUGGAUGUCAGAAAGGUGAACUUUAAAGCAUACAGCUAAUGAUAUAUUUACUUUUUCACAAACAAAUCACAAUACAUUCUGUACUCACACCAAAUCAGUACUACUAAAAUAAUAAAAGGGUCACAAAUAUGUAGCUUUAGUUCUUUCUGUAGAACUGUAGUUCUUAGAAAAUGAUACUCAAACAGGAGUAAAAGAUGCAUUUGUUUGGGGCAGGUAAAGGUGUAAUUAGUUGAUAUUAAGAAACAUUUCCAAUACCACUGGACAUAUCACAUUGCUCAGUGUUCUGAGUCUGUUUCCCUUUCUGUACUCGCAGGAUGAAAUGCAACCUCUGCCCUUGUAGGUUAGAGUCACACACUGUAAUGCAAAGCAGUGGUUGAUGAUUGUACUGUAAUGAAGCAAUACGGUUCUCCUCAGAGAGAAGCCACAUGGAUGUAAUGUGUACAGAGUCUAAAGUAUUUCUAAAAGAGACUCUCCUGUGGAGAGAAACGCAGCGUCCAGAGACUGUGGGUUCCCAUCAUUCUCUGCGUUGCCACAAACCCGAAGGAAAGAAGAAAGCUUUUUCAUGUGCUUGUGUAGGGAUUAUUACAUUUAUGGUUCGUUGUUCUUAUGAUUUAUGCCAGACGCCAGUCGGUGUGGCAGUUUAAUAGCAGCUAUUUCUCUGCUUUUUUAGUGCUGCACUGCGUUAACGAUUUGCUCAUAAAGUCUUUGGCGUGCUUCUAAAAGCCCAAGAAUCAGUCCUAGUAAUUCCAAAAAGGUGGAAAAAAAGCGACUCCAGAAGAAUCUCUGCACUGGCCUUAGUCAUUGUAAACACUUUAAGAACCAUAUUUACUAUGCAAAUAUUUAAAAUGAUAAAACAAAGGUCAGUUUUCUUUAACAGACAUUAUAAUGCACAAUUCUACUUGAAAAAAUAAUAACAAUCAAUCUAAUUUCUAGUAGGAGUAAGCCUCAUGUGUCCGUAAAUGAAUAAAUAUAGAAGUCUAUUUAACUGUGUGUGAGCUGAGGGUGACAGAAAGUGUGUAUGGUGUGCCUUAUACAGUAAGAGUACCACCCAGUAGAAUUAGAAAAGGGUACAGUAUUACAGAAAUGUGUAUACAAUGUUUUCAGACCACUUUUUAUCACCGUAAGGAACAUUACGAUUUUUUAUUUAUAUGAUAAACAGACCUGGUUUUGUCCUUAGAAUCGGAGCUAAAAUGAACCUGGGUACUAGCAUUGUGUUUGUUUUUGUUUUCCGUUCGGGCUGCAGUCCAGCUGGAGGUCCUCAGAGUUUCUUUUUGCUGCGUUUGUUGGUGGGAAUCGUCCUGCCUGUAUUAAAUAGAAAUCUUUGAAUUUCUUUGGGGUAUUUUUCUCUUUGGUCAAUAGAUUUUUCUUUGAAUUAUUCCAUUAGGUGAUUCUUUGUAUAGUUUGUGUUUAUUUUAUUUCUUUUUUCUCUCUGUUUUUUAAAACACUUUUUCUGAGCUUACUCUCUUUAAAAAAUAUUUCUCAGAGGAGUCAAUUCUAUAUUGAGGAACAUUUAUUUUCAACUGAAUAGACGUGUAUUUUUGCUGGCUUGAGUUUAUUUUACAUGGAUAAUAUAUGACUGGUGUUGUACGUUGUUAAACAAAAAAUGACAACUAAUAUUUGAAUGUUUUAGAUUUUAUUUUUGGAAGAAAAAAAAGAGAAUAUUAACAAAUGUCCCGUGUAGCUCAAAAGCAUUUGCCCCCUUCUAAUCAGAAUCAGCAGAGAUUGGCGCUUGCUUGUACGCGGUACAAUGCUCAUUGUUGUAUUUGCAUGUAUGUACCUCUUGUGUUGUAUGCUACAAUUAUUUGUUUUGACAGUUUAUUCUGUUGGUGUUACUUAUUAUUUCAGUAUUUACAGCUUCAAUCAAAUACAGAAUGAUGGAAACAACUUUGAGCACCACUCUAUACAUUAAUGUUGCCUUGCUAUAGGUGUGGUGGACUUACAAGCCUUGCAUUUAAUGUAUGAAAAAAAACAUUUCUACUUUGGCAACUAUAAAUCUAAUCGGAGCGGUUUGUGGGAAGAAAUAAUGUAAUUUAAAAACAACAUGGGUUUUGCAUUUCAAUGUCUGCAGGUGUGUUAAUAUUAAGGAUAGGUAACACUGCAAACAAUAGUGUAAUCAAUAAAGUAUUAAUGUCCUGAAAUUACAAAUUGGAGUGUGGUAGGCGAUAGUGUAGCAGCGUUAACUGAUGAUACAAAGAUAUUAACAUCACUUCUCAGAGAACAUGUUCAUCGAAGUGACAUAUUACAGGAAGCCACCUUUUUUUCAGUCUCUCUUUGGGUAUUGUAAUGAUUAUUAACUCUUCGAUAUGCCAUUAACUGAUUUUCUGCUUCUGUGCACACUUGCAUGUUCUCAUUUCAGAGAAAACUGUCUUAAAAACUGAGGUCAAUCUAAUGUGCUAUUGGUGAGUAACUUGGUACAACUGUAUGCACUGUGAAAUAAAAAUAAAUUAUACUGUUUCAUGCUUAUA